UUCACCCAUUAUCUCCCUCAACUUUAUAAAUUAGGGUUUUCUUUUCUCUCUCACCCCCAAAAUCGCAAUCCCUGAAACCCUAGGAGAGAGAAAAUCCACAAAUCAUGACAGGAAAAGCAAAGCCAAAGAAGCACACAGCAAAAGAACUCGCCGCCAAAGCUGACGCCGCAACCACCAAUCGUGGCGGCGGAAAAGCCGGCGUCGCCGAUCGUACUGGCGCAGUAAAAGGCGGACAUGCGAAGAUGGAAUGUCCUCUUUGCAAAGUCACAGCACCUGAUGUGAAAUCUAUGCAAAUUCAUCAUGAUGCAAAACACCCAAAAAUCCCUUUUGAUGAAAACAAGAUCAACAAUCUUCAUGCAUCUGGAACUUCUGAUCCCAACAAACCUAAACCUGGGAUUCGUGGUAGUUUGAAGAAAUAAUUUUUUGUUAUUGUUUUUUUUUUUUAUGAAAUUUGAAGUUGAAAUCUAAUUCUGUGAUGUGGGUCUUUAGUAGUUUGUGGAAUUAUGUGAUGGGUUGUUGGGAUUAUGUGAGAUAAAGAUGUGGGUAAGAUGAGAUGAGUUGAGGAGAGAGAAAAACAAUGUUUAAUUUUUGUUGAUUUUUGUUGCUGUUGAUGGUACUUUGAAAUAUUUGGGAGUUUUUUCAUGUCUUUCAAAAAAUUGUAUAAUUAGGGGCUGUACUUUUGUUUCAAUAAAGUUCAGAUCCUCAAAGUUCGUCACUUUUUCUAAA